UGACAGUGGCACACACUCCAGACAGGCUGAAAUCAAGCGCUGUUUCCUUUUCAUUUGCAUAAGAAAGAGGCAAGCAAUGUGAUGAACUAUUUCUCAGCAGGAAAAAUUCAGUUAUUAAAGUGGCAUUAAGGGAAACUGGCCACGAAAUAAGUGAGUGUGUGUGUGUGUGUGUGUGUGUGUGUGUCCUCCCGUUCUGGAAUUGAGCUCUCAUCCCGAGGUGAGCUGAGUGACCGAGUCCCACAGUCUGCAGCGUGAAGCAUCCAAGGGUCAGAUGUUGGCAACCAGAGAUUCUGCUGCUCCCCGGCACACUUUCCCAGGCAGCUUCCACCUCCUGACAGAUGUGACUGCUAGCUUAAGGGGUAGCUCCAAAUAAUCGAUCGCUUUCCCUGAUGGAAACAGACUGACAACUUGCCCUCCAGGAGAAUAAAAUCUGAAGUGAAGAAAUAAAUAGGCCCAAGGUCGACUGAAGAGAGAGGACAGAGUGUGGUGAGGAUCUGAGCUGUUUCCGGCUUUGACUGUGUCUCAGGAAUGCAGAUAGUCUGAAGGGGGACACAGGCACAGCCAUGGUCCAAGGAGGUUUCCCAGAAAAAAUCAGACAAAGAUAUGCAGACCUUCCUGGAGAGUUGCACAUUAUUGAACUUGAAAAGGAUAAGAAUGGACUGGGACUCAGCCUGGCUGGCAAUAAAGACAGAUCACGCAUGAGCAUAUUUGUGGUGGGAAUUAACCCAGAAGGACCUGCUGCCCUGGACGGACGCAUGCGUAUUGGAGAUGAACUGUUAGAGAUAAACAAUCAGAUCCUAUAUGGAAGAAGUCAUCAAAAUGCAUCUGCCAUUAUUAAGACUGCCCCUUCAAAGGUCAAGCUGGUUUUUAUCAGAAAUGAAGAUUCAGUCAAUCAGAUGGCUGUUGCUCCCUUUCCACUAUCAUCAAGUUCCCCAUCUUCUCUUGAGGAUCAGAGUGGUCCUGAACCUGUGAGUGGUGAGGAAGACGACAGUCCUGAAAUUGGUAUCAAACAACCUUCUGAGAGUGCAGACUCCAGACUGGAAGACACCACCCAGAUUGUUGGUCAGGAUGCUGUAGCUGAUGAACAAAAUGCACUGGAAUGCCCAGCUGACAGUACUCCAGGGACAGCGCGGUGCUUCACUGCCUCCACCAGAAUCUUCCAGCUGGGGAUGGGUCCCCUGGCUAACUACAGAUCCAGAAGGCAGGUGGUCAACCAGAUGAAACAGCACAAGUCAACAAAGGCCUGUGUAAGUUCACAAGAGCUACCUCUCAUACCAACACCAUCAUGCCAUUCAGCGGAUGCAGACUUCACAAGUUACGGUGAUUUCCAGGCUCCUCUGUCAGUGGACCCUGCCACAUGUCCCAUCAUCCCCGGCCAAGAGAUGAUUAUAGAAAUAUCCAAGGGACGUUCAGGACUUGGUCUCAGCAUUGUGGGAGGAAAAGACACACCCUUGGAUGCCAUCGUGAUUCAUGAAGUCUAUGAAGAAGGAGCAGCAGCCAGAGAUGCAAGACUUUGGGCUGGUGAUCAGAUACUUGAGGUUAAUGGAGUGGACCUGAGGAGCGCCAGCCAUGAAGAGGCCAUCACAGCCCUGAGGCAGACCCCCCAGAAGGUGCGACUGGUGGUGUACAGAGAUGAAGCACUCUACAGGGACGAGGAGAACUUGGAGAUCUUCCCUGUGGAUCUGCAGAAGAAAACUGGCCGAGGACUAGGCCUGAGCAUUGUUGGAAAACGAAAUGGGAACGGAGUGUUUAUUUCGGAUAUUGUGAAAGGUGGAGCUGCAGAUCUCGAUGGGAGACUGAUUCAGGGAGAUCAGAUCUUAUCAGUGAAUGGGGAAGACAUGAGAAGUGCCUCACAGGAGAUGGUGGCCACCAUCCUCAAGUGUGCACAGGGGCUUGUGCAGCUAGAGAUUGGAAGACUCCGAGCUGGUUCCUGGUCCUCCUCGAGAAAGACAUCGCACACCAGUCAGGGGAGUCCGCACAGCACUCACAGUGGCUUUCCUUCCUCCAUUGCUCCUGUCAUCACCGGCCUGCAAAACCUGGUCAGCACCAAGAGAGCUUCUGAUCCUUCCCCUCAAAAUGCAGGAACAGAUGUGGCACCAAGAACCGUCGAGAUCAUCAGGGAACUCAGUGAUGCCCUUGGGAUCAGUAUUGCUGGAGGAAAAGGGAGUCCUUUAGGAGAUAUCCCAAUAUUUAUUGCCAUGAUUCAGGCCAGUGGUGUGGCUGCCCGAACGCAGAAGCUGAAAGUUGGAGAUCGGAUUGUCAGCAUCAAUGGGCAAGCCUUGGAUGGGUUGUCUCACGCAGAUGUGGUUAAUCUGCUGAAGAACGCCUACGGGCGCAUUAUUCUGCAGGUUGUAGCAGAUACCAAUAUAAGUGCCAUAGCCACUCAGCUUGAAAGCUUGUCUCCAGGAUACCACCUUGGUUCACCCACUGCCGAGCACCAGCCAGACGAGGCAGAAACACCUCCACCUAAGAUUAUUACUUUGGAGAAAGGCUCCGAAGGAUUGGGGUUCAGUAUUGUAGGGGGUUAUGGAAGUCCCCAUGGAGACCUGCCAAUUUAUGUCAAGACUAUAUUUGCAAAGGGAGCAGCUGCAGACGACGGCCAGUUGAAGCGAGGCGAUCAGAUUUUAGCUGUUAAUGGCGAGCCCCUGGAAGGUGUGACCCAUGAGCAAGCAGUGGCCAUUCUCAAACGCCAGAGAGGGACUGUGAUCUUAACUGUGCUCUCAUGAGCGCUGGGGUCCUGAUUACAGGAUCCAUGCUGAUGUACAGUAUCCAUAGGAAGCUGGGAGUUCUGAGUGAAGAUGAAAAGCAACCUAAACUGAAAAUCACCUCGCUUCUUGCCAUGUCUUGCUUUCUGCUCAGGAGGGAUGGCUGAGGUGUUUUUUGCUUUGUUUUGUUUGGUGAGCAUCACAGAUUAACAGUCGCCUUCCUAAUGUUUCCCAGCUCCUGUCACUUCUUAAGGACACUGACUCCUAAACUUUGAGUUUUAUCUCUUUUGCAUUCAACCUCUCUCUCCAUGUUUCUCUGCCUGUAGUAACUAGUUCCAGUUAUAUUCGUGAAAACUGGUAUUAACAACCUCACAGCCCUCACACCCUUCUCUUCCACCCCCCACUCUGUAGAAGCUUGACAGUAACCUCAGCUCUGUUCCCUUGAACAGAAAACAAAUGUUAAGCAAAUCAUUCAUGAUUUCCUUAUGCUAAUCAUCUCUUCGAGCACUCCAGAAAACAUUAGCAGUGUAAUUAACUCACCAGUGAUCCCCAUGAUUCUCCUGUGGGAAAUUACUCUGCUCUUUUCUGUGUGACUUAUUGUCAAAUAAGUCUUGAAUUCAUUUCUCCGGCUAGAUCUUUAUGAGGUAGUCAUCAGUGAUCAUGAUGAGUCAAUUUGCAGAUGGUAACAUCAAAAUUAUGAAAGGCUUCCUUAUUGUUUUCUUUUCUACCUAAAUGCACACCACUGAGCAAAUGCACCUUACUCUCCACAGGAAGAAGUAGCGUUUGUGUUGUUCUGAAUUCUAACAAUGUUAAAUUAUGCUCAAGCUGGGGGAUUUUAUCUGGAGUUAGUUAGCUCAGUAGGCAGGAGCAUUUCCGCCCCUCUCAGCCUUCAGAUACGAGGAUGGAGAUUCAAGAACCAAACUGCAUAGAUCAGCAAGUUUUCCGUCUCAUGAAACAAGGUCCGGAUGUCCUUGGCCUUGUGCAAAGAAAGUAGAAUGGGAUUUUGUUUCGUCUUGGCCCUUGGCUCCAUACAAGCCAGGCUAGCAGCAGCCUAGCAAUCUGCUUUGCAACAAAAGGCUCAGCCACAGAAUGACUGAGAAGACCAUCAGAUAGAUCCCAGGCCUCAGUGGUGGGAAACACCGGCCUCUUGUUUCCUGCACUCCCGGGAGCUAGCUCCCCGCUAGCCAAAGUGUUGCAAAUAAAGGAAACAAGGACAGCAGAAAUGGCAAGAUUAUCCUGAAAGCUGGUUAGAGGGUAGUGGCCUGGGAGGUAGUGCAGCGGAUAGCACCUUGAACUGUCUAAACAUGGGGACCCAAGUUCGGUCUCUGGCAUCGCGUGUGCCAGAAUGAUACUCUGGCUCUCCCCUCCACCCCCCGCCCCACACUUGACCACCACUAAUAAUACAUCUUUGUGGGGCUGGGGGUGGGGGAAGCUGGCUAAAGGCAGUCUUCUCCAGGUAUUAGCAGAGAGAAGGGAGAGGUGGUCAUCAUGAAUUCUAUAGGUUCUUCUGUGGUAGGGGGGGAGGAAAUGCACCAUGAAGUCCAAGUAGAAUCAGUAGCAUAGUUCAGCAUCACUUAAUUAAGACACAAAGCUACAAAUGAUUCCCAGUGAUCACCCAACUGUAAUGGACUCUGACUUAAAAAUGUUAUUUAAUGAGUAUAGAUCUUGAUUGAGAAUAAUCUUUGAGUCGAUAUGAUCACGAAGUGCAUUAACUCUUGCUGGAAUAUUCUGUGGCUAUUCCAAAAUAAAGAGUGCCUACACUAUA